CUCGCGCUUACAGGAAAUAAACAAAAGCAGACAAGCUGAGAGGAGGGAACAAGAACAGAGCUGCAGCAGCAACUUUCAAAUAACACCCGUGUUCAGGAUUGAGCUCAUGCAGCUGAGCAGGUCGUUUCUUUGACCACCAUGAUGACGACUAAGAGGCUGGAUAAUUUCGAGGUGGUGUGUGAGUGGGGAGGAUGCAACUUCAAGGGACACACCAUGGAGGAGCUGAGCGAUCACAUGUCCCUGCAUUUAAAGGACUACCUUGGAGACAACGAUGCCUUAGAGGACUUGGACGAGUACGCCUGUCUCUGGACUGGUUGUGAAUUUCUAUCCAUGGGUAGCCCCACAGAGCUGGAGUUCCACGCGUACUUCCACAACUACCACGGCAAGCUCAAGUUCAUCGGCUCUCAGCUGCUCAAGUCCCGUCCUGACCUGCCCAGCUGCAACCAAGGCCUGCACAGCAACAACCUGGUUCCCGAAGGGUCGGAGGGAUACGUUUGCCAGUGGGAGAACUGUGAUAGCACAUUUAACAACCCAGAGUGGUUCUACAGACAUGUGGACAAUCAUGUUGAGAGUGCUGAGCCAGAGUCUCUCCCACAGCAACAGCAGGCUCUCUUCUGCCACUGGACAGGCUGUGAUGCUUACUUCAAGAUCAAAUACCGUUUGAGGGAACACAUGCGGAGUCACACUCAGGAGAGACUCGUAGCCUGUCCAACAUGUGGCAGCAUGUUCUCCAGUAACACCAAGCUGUUCGACCACCUUCACAGGCAGGCCGAACCUAUAGAGUCGCUGGUUUGUGAACAUUGUGGCAAAGCUUUUUCCAGCGAGAGGCUUUUGAGGGAUCAUGUUCGUCAGCAUGUGAAUCAGGUGAAGUGUCCCUUCUGUGACAUGACCUGCACCACUCUGGCAGCUCUGAAGAUCCACAUCCGGUUCCGUCACUGCGACGAGCGACCCUAUCCGUGUGACUUCUGUGACAAGAGAUUUAAGAACCAGCGCGAUCUACAGAAGCACACAGAGGUUCACAAUGAGGGCACAGUGUAUCACUGUACGGUGGAGGGAUGCGAUUAUUCUUGUCACACAUUCCCAACCAUGAGCCACCAUUUCAAGAGAGUGCAUGAGGUUGGAGGCAUGUCCAAGUAUAAGUGCCAUAUCUGUGAUAAGGUCUUCUCCUGGUGUUACACUCUCACUCUACACCUUCGCAAGAAGCACGAGCUGAAAUGGCCUUCUGGACAUUCCCGCUUCAGAUACAGAAAGGAUGUGGACGGCUUCCUAAAAGUAAACAUGGUGCGCUUCGAGACAGUCGAAGUGACGAAGGAGAUCAUGAAGAACAUGGCCAAGAAGCCGCAGAGCCUUCGGAAAAGUCAGAGAACCAGCAGCCGGAACAAGAGGGCGGAGGUCACGCUGGAGAGCGGACGCAGCUCUCCUGCAGGAUCCUCCUCGCCCUCCUCCAGCUCCUCCUCCUCGUACUCUUCUGAGCUCUCCGGAGGUGAAGACGUUUCUUCUCAGCCCAGCCCCAGAGGCAGCGACUCCCCGGUCUACUGCGUCAUGAGCACCAUCCCUCACAUCGAGGAGGAGCCUGGAGGACUGUCCCAGGAGGACUGUGAUGGUGGUGGGACAUCUGGAGCAGUCCAGGCCCUAACCGAGGUGGCAAGAGGCCUUGGUAUGGACGUGGUGUAAGCUGAGCGGCACCUUCUGGUGACUCUUGUGCAAAUGAACAGCCUCUUGUUUAUUUUACUGUGAAGCUUCAGUGGAUACACUGCUGGUGUUUUUGUUUUUCAGCCGGCACCCACUCGUGGUGUCCUGUGUUUUAAAAGUGCCGAUACAUUGAGACAGUCAUCUCUGAACUGGUUUUAGAGACCUCUUACUGCAGCUCUUAUUCCUCAGCUUAACUAUGUGACGGCUCCUGUUAACCAAAUCAUCUGUUGAAGAUAACCCAAUAUGUCUGAGUUUAAACGCACUACUAAACCAUUCUAUAAUAUUGCUCUUAACGUGUACUUUUACACAUGUUCAUUUUUUUCUGUCAUGUUUCAGUGAUGACGAAUUUCAGAAGACGUGUAUGAUGUAGUGUAAUUUUAUUGAUUCAAAUUUUAAAUACAUUUUUGAUACAAAA